UUUGCGUCCGACUUUCUCUGAUAAAUGAUCAGAUUCCUUUUGGUCUCAAAUCUAACAUCAUGUCCGUUUUUUGUCAGUUGUUGGUCUAAAAAAUUUUUGUUUCUCCGACUUGAAAAUUCCCUCGUUACCCGUCUAACACUCCUCCGGCGAAAGACACUAAAAAUUCAAUGUUUGCUUGAAAUCGAGAGGCCGUUCAUCCCGCGAGAGUGUACUGGAGAGGAGUUUCACAUAGAACCCUGGCCCGAUUCCAAGUUAGUGAGCCAGUUGCUGCCGCAGGAGGCAGUCCCCUGAUACCGAUCUGCAUCAACUCCCUCGCUGUAAGGCCGAAAAGUUAUUACAGGCGUGAAUUAUGUGAUAGCGGCCAACUGGGGACAGGGCCGGGUUUACCACUGGGCCGCAGGAGCAGCAGGAUCGGCAAGAGCAGGAUUGGAAGACGGAGUCGUAAUCUUAGGGUUCGACACCGAGGGAUUGCGAGCACCACCUGCAAAUCUUCCAGGGCCAUGGCCAUCCACGAGCAGAUCGACAACCUCAACAUCUGGUGGUUCCCGCGCGAUUUCUGCCAGUCGCGCUUUGGCGAGUUUCAGCAGAGUGGAACCAACUCCUGUACGCUGGUAUCCCUGAUCCUGGCAGACAAGGUGGACAAGGCGGAGCGCUUCUAUCACAGGGUUUCCGACCUGCCGAUGCGAGGAUGGGAGCUCUUUGGGAACGCGAUGAACGACGGGAAUAACGUGUACCACAAUGUGAUCACCGUCAACACGCCACAGGCCAGGAACAUCAACCUAAACAUUCCCGACGCAAUAGCGGCCAUUCGCUCGCAGCACAAAAUGAACUUUCGGCUGGAGGAGUGGUUUUACACGCACAUGGAAGCCGAUCCCACCAAUCCGAUGUACAAUAGGAACGUGGCCGUGCAGCUGUCGCGGCUAUUCCAGGCGACGCUGCCAGUAUUCCAGAAGACAGGCUCGCCCUCGCACCUGUUCGCCGCCAUAAUCGCGGACAGUCGAACGGUGAUGGUGACCUUCGAUUUCCGGGCAUCAAUCGUCGCCCUUUUCGACUCGCACCAACACGGACGAGAUGCGGGUGCCGUAUUUGCCCAGUGCACUCUGCAAAAUAUGGACGACCUGCUCUUCUGGUUCGUCAGCAUGCUGCAUAACGUCUACUCCAGCCGGCCCUCGCUCUUCGAGAUUUCCUUCCUCAGUUCGCAGCCCGGGAUGUCCAAGCGCUAUCCCCCAGCUAUUCGGAAGAUCGCUGGAGAGAUGAAGAAAUCGGUCAAGAUGAAAACUCCAAGGUCUUGAAACUAAUUAUCGGGCUACUGUAUUUCUUUCCAGUGCACAUUCCCAACGUUCGGGGAGACUAGGAGAACCUGUUUCAGGGAGCAAUCAGGAUCUAAAUUCCAAGUUUACAAUAACCUAAUUUAUAUCUUUGGGCCUUCAGACAAUGAAAUUCAUAAAUUUAUAAUAGACCAUCAACUAAUAAAUAACGAACUCAA